ACUGGCUUCUUCCUGCCGUGACUAAGCUGCGGAUGCCCGCUCGUGACGUUUGGCCCUGCGACUUGCCACAAGCCGGACGGAAGCGGACUUCACUGUUUGAUGACGCUUGGGCGCUUCGUUUGCCCCCCUUCUUCUUCUCUUCUUCUUCUUCUUGACAAUCCUUUCGUUGAUCCUUUAUUUACCUAUGCUAUAUAUCUUGUUUCUCAGCAGCCUAGCCUUCUUUUGUCGGGCUGCCUAUCUUUGAUGAAACUGCGUGCAGAUCACCUGUUGUCUGACUUUCGUCAGCUGAAACAACCCACCGCUAACAAGCCCCAGCCUGAACGCCUGGAUCUGUCUCAUCUCUAGAGGAAGGCCGCGGCAAUCCUACGCGACUUCUCCUUGAGCAUCGACAACGCUAUCCUUAAUUGUCCGCAUUUCCCUUUCCAUUCGUAUCUAUAUUUCUCCAGUUGUGUUUUCUUUUCUCGACAUAUCCCUGAGGCCAGAUUCACUACAUCCCAGACAUGAUCCGUCGUAAUUCCGAUCUUGAGCUCCAGUUACCCGAUGCAGGACCGGAACCCCCGGUGAAUGACUCAGAUAAGGAAGAUAUCGAGAUGCUAUCCGACAAUCAGACGAACUCGCUAUCAUUACCGCCUCACAUCGCUGCCCGGUUCUACAGAAAAUCGAACGGCGUGAGACGGUCUUCUACUGUGUCAUCGCGUCGCAGUUCCAUAUCAUCCAUCCAUUCCCAUCAUUCAAAUGUCUCCGCCCACGGCGGACCACAGAGCGAUCACCUUGCACAACAUCUGCGGCGGGCAUCCAUUAUCGAGACGCGCAAGGCGAGACUCGCAGACAGGGCCGCGCACGCGGAGAAGGUUCGACUUCGAGCGGCGCUGGCGAAGGCUGCUACCAGAAACCUGCAGAGAGAGGAGAGAGCGUUGGCCGCACAGCAGGCUCGGGAACGUCUGCUCGCGGAAAUCACGGCGAAGUGCGAAGAGGAAGUGAGACGGGCAAAGCAGAAGGCGGAGGAUAACAAGGAGAAGAGAGCUGCUGAGCAUGCCCGACUGCGCCUCGAGAUGGCCGAGAAGUUCGCAGAAACUGAAAAGAGACGCUUGAAUUACCAGCAGAAUCAGCGUCGACGCCGUACCAGUAGCUUGCCCAGCAUGGAAGACAAGAAGCCCGUCAGGGACGCAGUUAAAUCCCUUACUCCGGAAUCUGCGGCCAGAAGAAUUCAGAAGGCAUGGCGGAGGCACCACGCGAAGGUAGUUAUGGAGAGCUUCCGCGCACUUGAUCUCUCCCUGGAGCGCAUCCGCACCAUGUCGUUCGAAGAAGUAGGCUCGUUACUUGCCGAGCAGAGUGUUUUGGAUACGAUGGCAAAGGUCCUUCGACUGUGUGGGCUGCAAGAUAUGGAAAGCGGUACAAUGGGCGAACGAGGUGCUGUUCGUACUUUUCUCAGCAGCUACUUGAUCUUGACACACCCUACGCAGGUCUUGAGCAGUAACGGAGAGCAGGAGCAAGACCUGAUUGCAAAGGCGCGGGACUUGCUAGUUGCUUUCGAGCAAUUGACCACACAGCUGUCGUCGGAUUGUUGUUCUCUUCAGUCCCUUUCUACCGAACUCCAAGCGUUAUCCGAGUCAUAUAACGUAUUCUUCUCUGCUUUCCACUCCUGGAAAGCGCGUGACUCUACCGUGUUGAUUGAGAUCAUGCUUGCUCAAUUUAUCGAACUGGAACUAAUCUGGCAGACGGUGAAGGAUGACCGUGCCGGUGGAGCAGCAGACGAGUACCAACAAGGCAUCAGGCAGAAUCAGAUCCUCUUGCUCGCCAGAUUGAAGCGUUUGGCAGGCCCGGAUCGUGCGAUGCAGAUGGUCAGGGAUGCUUUGAAGAAGGCGAAGCGAGAAAAGAAGCGAGCUGCAUCCUCCACGCAAGCCAUUCCACGUUCUGCUGAAGUUGCAUCGUCUUCGGUUCUCCCGGAGAGCGUUGCGUCUCCCCUCAGUGAGAGCUUCAACAAUGUUGAUGGUACUGUAUUGCAAGAGCUGGACAAGCAGAGAAUUUCCCCUCAUGAGCGCUUCACUAGAGCGCUGACUGCUCUACCCGAAAAUCGGGCCCUCGUACAUGAACUGUUGGUCAAUAAGGAGUACAAGAUCGAACAAGAACCCUACACGGAGCCGCGGAAGCAGAUCAUGAAGCAUAUGUGCGAUAUGAUGAGGCAGGAUGUAGAAGCAGGUCUAGGUGUUAACUGGAUAGUUGCAAUGGCUACUGUCAUACAAGACAGACUCUUGCGCUCUCUCAGGGCAGGAAAUUCAUUGCACGUUCUGAUCAGCGAGGUCCUCGACCCGAAGCUCGUCGAAAACCAGUGCAAGGCCGGUACCUUUUCAUACGACGCAUUCUUUGAUUUCAUGAGCACUAUAUUGCCCAAGCUAUGUGCUCCUUACCGAGACCCCGAAGUCAAAGCUUUCGCAGAGGACAAGUCAGGGGACGCAAUCGAUCGGCUCGCGCGGUUGAUGGGUAUUAUCGACCUUCUAUCUCUGGAUCACACUAAUUUCAUGAUCCGGGCAGCGGCUCCCCAGCUUAUUCAGGAAGCUCCGGGUUAUGAGCAGAGGACGUUUGAGAGGGGUCUCCAGGACGGUUCGAUAAGUCUGCAGAAGACCCGACGAUUUUGGCGAAUCAACCGGGCAGCUGUCGUCGAGGAGAUGAAGAAGCGUGAUCCUGAGAAUGUCAAUCCUACUGCCGUGCCUCCAGCUUCGAGAAUCUACACUCAAGGACUCGUUGAUUUGGUUUUCAGCAAUGCUGCUGUGUCACCGGAGCUCAUCCCGGAGACAUUGGACCUUGACCGCGAGCGGUUGGAGAGACUUCACGCCAGCGCUUUCAGGAUCGUUGGGACAGCCUCGAUCCUGUUGACAGCGAAGAACCUCCUGAAACGUGAUGCCCGGUCUCAGUGGAAGACGGAGGCCGAUCGUAUCGUCUCACUUGAGUUUACUGAAGCCAAGCCGGAUCGCGUGCAAUCGAUCCUCGAGUCAACGCACCCGAUGCCGGCGACAGCCAGGUCACAGCUGGCCGGCACCAUCAAGCGUGUCCUUGCGCCUGUCGCUGCCGCGUCAGCAGCCUCUGCUUCUUGUCAACAGCGAGCAUCUGUCGAAAUUAUGUCCGAGCAGAGUGCUAGUUCCAGCGAUCGGCCCACUUCGUCUGCUGGUGAACCGGAAGCUUCUACGACGUACUUUUCCGACCCGGUAGCACGUCUAAUCCUUUCGCGUCUGCGGGCGCACGUAUUUGCACGCUUGAGUGCGUCGAGCGCGAAUGAGAGGGUGAAAGCCACCUCGACUGCCAGCCAAAGCCUGGCUGCAGCGGGAAUGCCUGAAUUUGUGAACGAGGUUGGCAAAUUAGUUGAUGAGCUCGAGAAAGUCAAAGAAGUUGAUUGGCUUUGCCAUGGCACGUUCUAUGAACGGGUUAUCAACGAAGGCAUUUCUCAGGCGCAGAGUUGAACGCGAUUCUUGAUUUUUUUUUUUUUUUU